CUUCGGGGUGCCGAAGAAGACCACUAGUGGUGCGCAGGAAGAUCAUCAAGUGAUCGGCGGAGACGACGUGGCGUUAGACGACGUAAAUGAAGAGGAUGUCGCUGAAGAUAACGUCGGCGGAUUCAAGCUUACUACGUUUCUCGCACCUGCACCGCCACAAGAAAAAGCCAUUGCUAUUACCUCUACUUCAAUGUGCGCAGAUCCUGCUUUUGACAUCCUCGAGGAUGAAGUAGACGAGCCACAGGACAAAUCGCCAGAACCGAAGUUUAAACUUACCGUGUUUGGUGGAAAUACAUCAGCUUCGAUCCGCCCUACGUCUCAACAGCCGCAAGAGCCCCGAGUCAAUUCGAAACCGACACCUGCGCGAAACCACAUGAAGCCCGAGGGUGAUGCGGAGGCGGUGCAAAUAACGGAUACAAAGCCAAAGGAGGAUCGAGAAGAUAAAUCUGGUGUAGGAGUCGAAGAGACGCCAGCUUUUGUUCUAAAGCCGCUCAUUGAAGCGCCAGCUUUGGUUCUAAAGCCUCUUGGAGGUAGCUCGGAAAUCGUAGACAAAAACCAGAAUGUGACUGAAUUUAAGAAGCAAACAGCGUCUGCGAGCAUGAGAAAGCCAGUAGGACAUCAUGCUGUGCUGGCUUGUUCUUCUUCAACAUCCACUUUUCUUAAAAGUAGGUUAAAGGUGCUUUUCUUACCGCUUUUUAUGCCUCUCCUAAGGGAGAAAGGCAUAACAAGCGGGGUAAGCGAGCACCAAAAGCCUACCUCUAAUUUUCAUCCUCAUGGUACUACUAUGGGUCUCUCCCCGCCACGUCCAGCUAAAGUGCGCAGUGCACCACCAAGUAGCCAAAGACGACCACGGCAAGUCGAACCUAUGUAUUUUCUCACCGAUCCUGCUGGAAUCCCCGUUCACGAUGAGGAACCCUCCACUGCCGCAGAAACGCAUCGGACAGUGCAUUUGCCAGAACUAGCUGAAUUGGCAAGCAAAUGUGGGACCUCUGAGCAGGCGUUGGAAUUUGAGCCGCCAUCAUUUGGUGCUUCGAUGUUCGCAUCGUCGUCAUCGUCGCAACAGGCGGCCUUUGAGGAAGGCGAAACAACUGGACAAACCGGGCUUGAGUCCUACUUCCCCCCCACAUCUUCUUCAGUUGCAGCGGAAGUGCUCGCUUCCUGCCCCUUUGCAGGAUUGCUUCGAGAGCUGGCGCAACCGAGGGACACUAGUAUGGCGAUAGAGCAAGCGCAAGCAAACAAAGACUCGGCACUGCUGCUUGACAACGCUGAUAACAUAGCUGCAGCAGGAAGCUUAACUCCUUUCGCGGCCACCCCUGGGAUGGAUGAAUCGUACUUCAUGCAGACUCAGGCGUCCUGUUGGGCUGCGGGGUUGAAGUCCUUUAACCCGCUACUUGAAGCAGACCAAUUGCAGCUAGCUGCUGGAGCUCUGACGCCUGCUGAGCCAGAGAGUGUGCUAGCACAAGCAGGUCCUCCGGUUAUUUCGAAUUUGACAUCUUCUUCUAGCUCGUCCACGGCAAACAACAAGGGCCAAGAAGAUAACCAAGAUACACGUCAAGAUUAAGACUUGAAGAAAUCCAUCUUCACAGGCAUCCGGAGACCGUUUCCAAGGGGUAGAAGGUUCUAGGAUGCUUUUCAAGAUGGAUAUCUCUUAGUUCUAACAAGAAGUAACCCCACCACGUCAGCUAGCGCUUACCGCAGCCUUGAAUUCCGAGACGGACGAAAUCACAUUCGACCAGAAGGCUUUCGCGCACGUUCAUAUUCAUGGACAGUUCAACCUUGGUUUCAUCCUAGGAUCCUUUCGAGACGAACUCUUUAUCUUCGAUCAGCACGCUUGUGACGAAAAACGCCGCUUCGAACUACUUAACCGGAGCUCUAAAGUUACGUGCAUACCACUAAGUGUCAGUCGGUCCACAUCAAGCAAGAUAUGUUAAAUUCGUGGUGCAUACCACUAAGUCGUGUCGGUCGGUCCAACCACAUCAAGCAAGAUAUGUUGAAUUUAUCCACAAGUCAUCAAGCAAGAUGCAUUUACUAAAUGCAUCUCCCUUUUUCAUACUCCUCGAGAUGCAGAUGCUGAUCAAUCCUUUGUUGCUGCAGCUGAGCCCAGCGCAGGAGCAGACCAUAGCGAACUACAUCCAUGUUUUCCGACAGAACGGGUUUGACCUAGUGUACAACGAGGACAGACCACCAGGAGAAAGAUGUAGCGCUCUCGCGCUGCCAUCCACGAAGGGCCUGCUCUUCGGCGAAAAGGAUAUUGAGGAUUUGAUCAACGUCAUUGACGAGGACAAUAUGUGUGCUGACAUUAUGGUAAGUAUUCAGAUGUGGGAAAUAAGUAGGUACUAAUUUACAACUAGUAGUAGACGGAAAGGAUUUAAGUAACAGAAACUAGAGCAAAAAAGCAAGAUGAAGAUGCUUUAGUAGCGCAAGGCACUGGAUCCCAUUCAAGUUGCUGGAUACAGAUUUGUACUCGAUCCAAUUCAUGUCACUCUCUGUUUAGGAGUAAAACUACCAAAGAACAACUUUAUUCCUCCUUUCAACAUGAGUACAACUAGGGACCGACCCCACGCACUCUGAGGACUAGAGACUCUCCCUUUUGUCCUUUCAUUUUUCUCGACCGGACUAGAAACGAUAGGCGGAACGGCGGUGUUGACUCCUUCGUCUGCGAAGAUGUUGGAACUGACGAGCUCGAGUCGGUUACCGCAACAGCCCUAGUGGCAGCAUCUUCAGUUAUGCUCGGUACUGUCAUUAUGGGUACUGUCAAUCCAUCUUUUAGAAUUCAGAUCACAGUUUUUAUAAUACAGACCAUCUUGUUAUUGUUUUAAUACACCAUAUUUAUAUUUCGUAAGAUACACCAUCUUUCAAUACACACGUUCUGGGAACUACAAGCGAAAAGAUGUUCUGAAAGAUGGGUUGCCCUCGGUACCUCUAAUUCAGGCUCGUCAAAUCCUUCCAGAGGUAUAACGGACCCAGGACCUGGCGGUCUCCUCAACAUCUAUUCGCACCGAUCCUAUUGGGGCGCUGUGAGUAAUAUUCCGAGACCGAAAAAAGUCUGGCAGCUUCUAGCCAGUCGCGCUUGCAGGUCCGCGAUCAUGAUUGGGAAGUCGCUGACGAUCAAGGAAAUUUAUGAGGCAGAGGUUGUAGAUCAUAUGAAGAGCAAGAGCCCAUGAUGGAUUUGGAUUACUUAGUUGUAAAGAAUAUUUUUCCACGUCCUCGAACCGGCGUAAGUACAACGCAUUGAUUAUGACUCACCGAAGGCAGCACUCGUUCUGCCACGUCACUCUUUGGCAGAACUGGAAAUGGAGGUGGAUCAUUUCUAACGAGGGGAGAACAUUGUGGCACAACUUGCAGCCCUGGCGCAGCCUUGGAAUUGCCCACAUGGAAGACCGACGCUGCGGCAUCUCGUGCGCACCAGAGACGUGUGCCGCUAUGAAGAUUGCAGUUUGAUGAAAUCAUAGUACGUGUACUCACGCUUCUAGGAUCUACAACUUGUCGAUUGUAAUCCUCCUAGGCUGGGUAGGAAUUACGCUCAGAUAUCUGACUCGUUUUCUCGUUUUCUCAUCUUCUCUCCAGUACUUAUCCUUUAUUGUGCAAGAGAAGCACCCACACCGCAAG